AUGGUGGUGGUGGUGUCGGUGAGCCCCCCAGCCAGCCCAUUGCGUUCAGGAUCCCUUGUGAGAACCUUCACUCCUUUUUACUUUCUGGUGGAGCCAAUGGACGUCCUGUCAGUUCGCGGCGCUUCUGUGAUCAUGAACUGUUCAGCUUAUUGUGAAACUUCUCCAAAAAUUGAAUGGAAAAAAGAUGGGACUUUUCUAAACUUGGUGUCCGAUGACCGGCGCCAGUUGCUACCGGAUGGAUCUUUAUUAAUAAACAGCGUGGUGCAUUCCAAGCAUAAUAAACCCGAUGAAGGAUAUUAUCAGUGUGUGGCCACUGUGGAAAGCCUGGGGACCAUUGUCAGCAGAACAGCGAAGCUCACAGUAGCAGGCCUUCCCAGAUUCACCAGUCAGCCAGAAUCUUCAUCUGUCUAUAAAGGAAACAGUGCAAUCCUUAACUGUGAAGUCAACGUUGACCUUGCACCGUUUGUGAGGUGGGAGCAGGAUCGCCAGCCCGUCUUCCUGGAUGACCGGGUAUUUAAAUUGCCAACUGGAGCUCUAAUUAUUAGCAAUGCUACUGACACGGAUGGAGGACUCUAUCGCUGCAUCAUUGAAAGUGGUGGGACCCCCAAAUACAGUGAUGAAGCAGAGCUCAAGAUUCUUCCAGACCCAGAGGUGGCCCAGAGGCUGCAGUUUGUGAGACAGCCCUCCUCGCUUACGAAGGUGACCGGGCAAAGCGCCGUUUUCCCCUGUGUUGCCGUAGGAUUUCCAACUCCAUCCAUCAGGUGGACAAGAAAUGCAGAAGAGCUUAUCACAGAAGGCUACGACAGAUUCCUUCUGCUUGCGGGGGGCAGCCUGGAGAUCAGCGACGUGACGGAGGAGGACGUGGGGACAUACACCUGCAUAGCUGAGAACGGGAACGAGACCAUUGAGGCUCAAGCAGAACUCACAGUUCAAGUCCCUCCUGAAUUCCUGAAGCGGCCUGCAAACAUUUAUGCUCAUGAAUCCAUGGACAUUGUGUUUGAGUGUGAGGUGACUGGAAAACCUACUCCAACUGUGAAAUGGGUCAAGAAUGGAGACAUGGUGAUCCCAAGCGACUACUUCAAAAUUGUUAAAGAACAUAAUCUGCAAGUUUUGGGCCUGGUGAAAUCAGAUGAAGGAUUCUAUCAGUGCAUUGCAGAAAAUGAUGUUGGAAAUGCACAGGCUGGAGCCCAGCUGAUAAUACUUGACCUCGAUGUUGCCAUCCCAACAUUACCUCCCACUUCACUGACCAGUGCCACUAAUGACCAUCUAGCACCAGCUGCAACAGGACCAUUGCCUUCAGCCCCGCGGGACGUCGUGGCCACCCUCGUCUCCACCCGCUUCAUCAGACUGACCUGGCGGACGCCUGUAUCGGACCCUCAAGGCGACAACCUCACCUACUCCAUCUUCUACACCAAGGAAGGUAUAAACAGGGAACGCGUUGAAAAUACGAGUCGUCCUGGGGAGACACAGGUGAUGAUCCAGAACCUGAUGCCAGAGACGGUCUAUGUCUUCCGCGUCGUGGCGCAGAACAAGCACGGCCCCGGAGAGAGCUCCGUACCCCUGAAGGUGGCAACUCAGCCCGAGGUUCAGCUGCCUGGUCCAGCACCCAACAUCCGGGCGUACGCCAGCUCCCCCACCUCUGUCACCGUCACCUGGGAGACACCACUGGCUGGAAAUGGAGAAAUCCAAAACUACAAGCUCUACUACAUGGAGAAAGGACAGGACACCGAACAGGACGUUGAUGUAGGAGGACUCUCCUACACCAUUAACGGGUUAAAGAAAUACACCGAGUACAGUUUCCGAGUGGUGGCGUACAACAAACACGGCCCCGGGGUCUCCACCCAAGAUGUGGUUGUACGAACGCUGUCAGAUGUCCCCAGUGCUCCACCACAGAAUCUGACGCUGGAAGUACGGAAUUCCAAGAGCAUCAUGCUGCACUGGCAGCCGCCCCCCGCGGGGACACACAGUGGGCAAAUCACCGGCUACAAAAUCCGCUACCGCAAAGCGUCCCGCAAGAGCGACGUGACGGAGAGCAUCGGUGGGACCCAGCUCUUCCAGCUCAUUGAAGGUCUGGAACGAGGCACAGAGUACAGCUUCCGAGUGGCCGCCCUGACCGUUAACGGGACCGGACCAGCGACCGACUGGGUAUCGGCGGAAACAUUUGAGAGCGACCUGGAUGAAACUCGUGUUCCCGAAGUUCCGAGCUCCUUACACGUCCGUCCACUGGUCACCAGCAUCGUGGUCAGCUGGACCCCCCCUGAGAACCAGAACAUCGUGGUGAGGGGCUACGCCAUCGGGUACGGCAUCGGCAGCCCCCACGCCCAGACCAUCAAGGUGGACUAUAAACAGAGAUACUACACCAUCGAAAACUUAGACCCCAGCUCCCACUAUGUCAUCACUCUGAAGGCCUUUAACAACGUUGGGGAGGGGAUCCCCCUGUACGAGAGCGCCGUCACGCGCCCUCACUCAGACACUUCCGAGGUUGAUUUGUUUGUUAUUAAUGCUCCAUACACUCCAGUGCCAGAUCCGUCCCCCAUGAUGCCACCGGUGGGAGUUCAGGCUUCCAUCCUGAGCCACGACACCAUACGGAUCACUUGGGCAGACAACUCUCUGCCCAAGAACCAGAAGAUCACGGACGCUCGCUACUACACCGUGCGCUGGAAAACCAACAUUCCUGCAAACACCAAGUACAAGACUGCGAAUGCCACCACCCUGAGCUAUUUAGUGACCGGGUUAAAACCCAACACCUUGUACGAGUUCUCUGUGAUGGUGACUAAGGGUCGGAGGUCGAGCACGUGGAGCAUGACAGCACAUGGGACAACCUUUGAAUUAGUUCCUACUUCUCCUCCCAAAGACGUGACCGUGGUGAGCAAAGAGGGGAAACCUCGGACAAUAAUUGUCAACUGGCAGCCUCCCUCCGAAGCCAACGGCAAAAUUACAGGGUACAUCAUUUACUACAGUACGGACGUGAACGCCGAAAUACACGACUGGGUUAUCGAGCCUGUCGUGGGCAACAGACUGACCCAUCAGAUCCAGGAACUGACCCUCGAUACGCCCUAUUAUUUCAAAAUCCAAGCCCGCAACUCGAAGGGCAUGGGGCCCAUGUCUGAGGCCGUCCAGUUCCGAACCCCAAAAGCUGAAUCCUCAGAUAAAAUGCCUAAUGACCAAGCUUCAGGAUCUGGAGGGAAAGGCAGCCGCCCAGUGGACAUAGGAGCGGAUUACAAACCCCCCCUCGGUGGCAGUAACAGUCCCCACGGAAGCCCCACCUCCCCCCUGGACAGCAACAUGCUCCUUGUCAUCAUCGUGUCCAUUGGAGUCAUCACCAUUGUCAUCGUGGUGAUAGUCGCCGUCUUCUGCACUCGGCGGACGACUUCUCACCAGAAAAAGAAACGAGCUGCCUGCAAAUCAGUGAACGGGUCCCAUAAGUACAAAGGAAACUCCAAAGAUGUCAAACCUCCCGACCUCUGGAUCCAUCAUGAAAGGCUGGAGCUAAAACCCAUUGAUAAAUCUCCGGAUCCCAAUCCAAUCAUGACAGAUACCCCAAUCCCCCGCAACUCCCAGGACAUCACCCCGGUUGAUAAUUCCAUGGACAGCAAUAUCCAUCAAAGGCGGAAUUCCUACAGAGGGCAUGAGUCAGAGGACAGCAUGUCCACGCUGGCGGGGAGAAGGGGGAUGAGGCCCAAGAUGAUGAUGCCUUUUGAUUCUCAACCACCUCAGCCUGUGAUUAGUGCUCAUCCCAUCCAUUCACUCGAUAACCCUCACCAUCAUUUCCACUCCGGCAGCCUCGCUUCUCCAACCCGCAGCUAUCUCCAUCACCAGGUCAGCCCGUGGCCGAUGGGCACCUCCAUGUCCCAUUCAGACAGGGCCAAUUCCACAGAAUCUGUUCGAAACACACCCAGCACGGACACCAUGCCGGCGGCCUCCUCCCAGCCCUGUGCUGACCUCCAGGACCCCGAGAGCUCCGCGGGGUCUUACCUGGCGAAUGCACAGGAGGAGGAUCCAUCUCAGAACCUCCCCACGGCCCACGUCCGUCCUUCCCACCCGCUCAAGAGCUUUGCGGUGCCGGCGGUUCCAGCGGCGGGUCCCGCCUACGACCCCGCGCUGCCGAGCACGCCGCUGCUGACCCAGCAAGCUCCUAACCAUCCAGUUCACUCGGUGAAGACUGCCUCCAUCGGGACUCUAGGAAGAACUCGCCCUCCCAUGCCGGUGGUGGUUCCCAGUGCCCCUGACGUGCAGGAGACCACCAGGAUGCUGGAGGACUCGGAAAGCAACUACGAACCGGAUGAGCUGACCAAAGAGAUGGCCCACCUGGAAGGACUUAUGAAGGACCUUAAUGCCAUCACUACAGCGUGACCACCUUCACCAGGACAUGACUCCAGACAGUUUCACAAGUCUUGGGACUCAGCCUUGGAACACAAGGAAUUGUACAGAGAAAAAAACAAAAACAAACAAAAAAAGAAACAAAAAAGAGGAAAAAAAAUAAAAACCAGAAAGAGGGACAGCACAUGAGAGUGUACGUGGAACACAAAGGCACCAACCCGUGCAUUUGUGCUACAGCUGGUCAAAGAGAGAUGACCUUUCUCCUCAUCGUCCUGCAGCGAAGCCGUUGCCAAGUGGAAUUGCGUUUCCCUGCGGAGACGGUGCGGGACGGGACGCGGCAGGAUGGGAUCCAGCAGCAGGACAAAAGGAAAAAAAAGAAGAAGAAAGAAAAAAAAAGAUGGACUUGAGGGUUUUGUUUUUUUCUGGUCAGGUUUUGUCUCAGUGGUGUGAUUGCCCUGCCUUUUCAGUGUUGGACAUUUGCAUUUAUGUACAAUUUUAUUUGUUGUUUUUAUUUUAUCUUUUUUUAUAAAAAGGAAAAAAAUAUUGUAAUAAAAAAAAAAAAAGAAAAAAAAAAGAAAAAAAGGAGAAACUGUUGUUUUCCACAGCCUAGACUGACAUUUGACUGCUUGUUCUAUUGUGUAUGAAAAUUCAUUGCCAGCGUGGGUUGUUCUGUUUUGUUUUUUAUUCUGCGUAUAAUUACGUCCCCUUCUGGCAGUUAAUCCAUGGCCUUUUGGGAUGCUGCACUGCUAUUUGUAAGCUUUUUUUAUUAUUUUUAUAUUAUAAUUAUUAAAAGCCUGACUUUCUCCUCUCA